AUGUGGGAUUAUUUUCAGGUCUCGGAGGAGGAGGAGGAGGCUGCUGCUGCUGUAUGCCAUUCGGUGAUAUCACCGGAUCCGAAUUUACGGAUUGAUGAAGUUGGUGUACCAGUCCAAGUGGCACUCACAUUGACUUAUCCUGAAAUUGUUAAUGAGCACAACAUCGAACACAUGAAAAAGCUCAUACUUUCGGGACCUAACACUCAUCCUGGUGCGAACUACAUCAUCGAUCGUCUUUCGGGAACAAAACGACUACUCAAGUUAGUUCCCUUUUUUUCUUGA